CAAUGACGACGGAGGAGAGAGCAGUACUCCGUACCUUCCUGCCCGUUUAUUACUCCUUGGCCAGCCACAUUUCUGUCUGUUUGCGUAUCACCUUCAAUCGCAGCACAAUUUCUUCUUUUUUCUUCAGGAAUAUCGUCAGGAAAAUCUCCGCUCUAAGAAAGAAAAAAAAAAAUGGCAUCAAAAACAUCACAAUCGGAACUCCCGACCUUCUCACCAGUCGACUAUGGAAAGUUCUUUGGCGCAGGCGCUCUCGCGGCGACCCUCACCCACGGUGCCGCGACACCAAUCGACGUCGUCAAGACGCGAAUCCAAGUCGACGACGCAAUGAAGGGCCUCAACAUGAUCAACGCAGGCCGCACAAUCGUCGCAAAAGAAGGCGCCUCCGCCCUCCUCACCGGCUUCGGCCCCACCGCCGUCGGCUACCUCGUCCAGGGCGGCGGUAAAUUCGCCGGCUACGAGUUCUUCAAGAAGCAAUUCAUCACCCUCGCCGGCGGUCCCGAUAAGGCCGUCGACAAGCGUACCGCAAUCUACCUCGGCGCUUCCGCCACCGCCGAAUUCUUUGCCGAUAUCCUGCUGUGCCCGCUUGAGGCGACGCGUAUUCGUCUUGUUUCCCAGCGCGGCUUCGCGACGGGCUUGGGGUCCGGGUUUAUGCGUCUUGCGCGCGAGGAAGGGUUCAAGGGGUUCUAUUCUGGCUUUGUGCCGUUGCUGUUUAAGCAGGUGCCGUACGCCAUUGGCCAGUUCUCUGUGCAUGAGGCUGCUGUCGAGGUGAUUUACCGGUCCAUGGGACCUGAGAGGAAGGCCAAGAUGACGCAGCUGCAGUCUACUGGUGUGGAGCUUGCGUCUGGUGUCGUUGCUGGUGUAGCGGCCGCUGUGCUCUCGCAUCCUGCCGAUACGCUGCUCUCUGCCAUCAACAAGGGUGCAGGCGACCCGAAGCAGGGCGCCACGAGCCGCAUGUUCCAGCUUGCCAAGGAGUUUGGCCCCAAGAGGCUGCUUCUUACCGGCCUGGGACCCCGUAUCGUCAUGACGUGCGGUCUGGUUGCUGGUCAAUUCGUCAUUUACGCGCAGUGCAAGACGUUGGUUGGCGCGCCUGCGGGUAUUGAGAUUCACAAGGAGGAGUCUUUGUAAGAAAAAGUCUAGAAAGAUCUAAAGUGUCAAGAGGAUAGACAGACUUUAGGUAUUGGCUGGCGUUUGGGUGCAUUGGUUCUGGCCGGUUAGAGCGCGUAGAUGAGCGACUGCUUAACUAUUUACACUUCAUUAAUCA